UGCCCUACUUUGGAUAUUCCUGCAUUGAAUGUCUGAGGAGCUCCAGCCGAUCCUGAGCCAUGUCGCAGAUGUUGCACAUAGAGAUUCCCAACUUUGGGAACACGGUCCUGGGCUGCCUGAACGAGCAGCGGCUGCUGGGGCUGUACUGUGAUGUCUCCAUCGUGGUGAAGGGCCAAGCCUUCAAGGCUCACCGGGCAGUCCUGGCCGCCAGCAGCCUCUACUUCCGAGACUUGUUCAGCGGGAACAGCAAAAAUGCCUUUGAGCUGCCGGGUACCGUCCCCCCUGCCUGCUUCCAGCAGAUCCUCUCCUUCUGCUACACCGGGAAGCUGACCAUGGCGGCGAGCGAGCAGCUGGUGGUGAUGUACACGGCCGGCUUCCUGCAGAUCCAGCACAUCGUGGAGAAAGGGACGGACUUGAUGUUCAAGGUCAGCUCUCCUCACUGUGACUCUCAGACCACCAUGAUCGAAGACCCCAGCUCGGAGCCGCAGAGUCCCUGCAACCAGCUGCAGUCGGCCUCAGCGCCCUACGUCAUGUCCCCCUCCAUGCCCAUCCCGCUCCUCACCCGUGUCAAGCAUGAGAACCUGGAGCUCCAGGCUGCAGCCCUGCCCGGCCUGCCCGGCAAGCGGCCCCUGGAGCCCGGCGCCCGGGAGGGCACAGGCGCUGCAGGCCCCAACGCUGGGCCCCUGAAGCUCUCCCGUGUCUCCUACUACGGGAUGCCCAACCUGGCCACCCUCAUCCCCAAUGUCCAGCAGGUCCAGUACUCGCAGGGGGAGCGGACGAGCCCCGGCGCCAGCAGCAUUCCCACCACCGACAGCCCCACCUCCUACCACAACGAGGAGGAUGAGGAGGAUGAUGAGGCAUACGACACCAUGGUGGAGGAGCAGUAUGGGCAGAUGUACAUCAAGUCUUCCGGAGGCUACUCUGUUGCUCAAGAGAAGCCAGAGCAGAUCCCCCUGGAGAACCGCUCCUGUGUCCUCAUACGACGGGAUCUCGUUGCUCUCCCAGCCAGUCUUAUCAGUCAGAUCGGGUACCGCUGCCACCCAAAGCUCUACUCAGAGGGAGAUCCUGGAGAAAAACUUGAGCUUGUUGCAGGCUCAGGUGUUUACAUCACCCGGGGGCAGCUGAUGAAUUGCCACUUAUGUGCCGGUGUCAAACACAAGGUCCUUCUGAGACGUCUCCUGGCCACCUUCUUUGAUCGGAACACACUUGCCAACAGCUGCGGAACUGGAAUCCGGUCCUCCACGAGUGAUCCCAGCAGGAAGCCCCUGGACAGCAGGGUUCUUAAUGCAGUCAAAUUGUAUUGCCAGAAUUUUGCCCCGAGCUUUAAGGAGAGCGAGAUGAACGUCAUAGCAGCCGACAUGUGCACCAACGCCCGCCGCGUCCGCAAGCGCUGGCUGCCCAAGAUCAAGUCCAUGCUGCCCGAGGGGAUGGAGAUGUACCGCACGGUCAUGGGCUCCACCACAAACAGUGUCCCCCUGGAUCCUGAAUUCCAGCCCAACACUGCUCAGGUCUUUGAGCAGCGAAUCUAUGCAGAAAGGAGGAGCGAUUCGGGAACUAUCGUAGCCUUGAGAACUAACACGGUGAACGUGGAGCUGAGCAACGGGUCCAGCCAGUCCUUCGAGCAGGGCGAGGACGCCGAGGGCGCCGGCUCCGUGAUCCAGGAGGCAGCUGCCACGGAUGCUCUGGCCUCAGAUCCCCAAAGCACUCCACAACCUUUUGAACAAGGCUCGGGCUCCUCCAGCCGGCCCGAAACCCCCGCCCGAAGACAGGAUGGUACUUACGGAGGGACUUUAUAAAGAGAGCAAACGUUUCGUGACCUAUAAGGGAUCUGUAAUACUAAAGCUGCUUGCAUGCGUUACUAAUACAAAACAAAAAAAAAUGUGAUCAAGCCACUUACCUACUGAACU